AUGUGGCCAAGAAGUGAAUACGAACCUCCCCAGGGUUUUCUAUUAAUGCUCAAUGACAAUUUGUUUACCGGGAACAUUCCUCCAAGCCUGUGCAAUUCAUCUGUACAGGUGCGAAAGUUAAAUCUUGAAAACAACAAGUUGGACGGAACGAUUCCUUGGUGUUUGAUCGAGGAUGGACAAAGGGUUUAUGAGUUAAAUUUAGGAGGUAAUAGCUUUAAGGGAAGGAUGCCCAAAGGGCUAGUCAUCUCGUCUGCUAUCAGCACCUUGGUGAUAAAAAGAAAUCAGCUCAGCGGAACCUUCCUUCCCUCAUUUACCAAUGAGACAGCUUUACAAGUAGUUGAUAUUGGGCACCACAAAUUCACAGGACAUCUUCCAAAGUCAAUUGGGAAAAUUUCAUCUCUUAAAGUGCUGGUGAUGAAGGACAACCAGUUCAGCGAUAACAUUCCUCCAGAAAUUGGCAACCUGAAGCAGCUCCAGAUCCUAGACCUUUCGUCCAACAACUUAUCGGGCUCUAUUCCACACAAUAUUGUACUUUUACGAGCAAUGUCUGUAGCAAGAGAGGAUGGCUAUGUGUUGCAGAGUGAAGUGGUGUAUAAGAAUGGAGAUUCAUUUAUAGUUAUUACUAUUGAUCAAACGAAGAACUUUUACCUUGGUGGACUGGAUAUGACUUCCAAAGGUACAGAACUUGACUAUCCAUACAUUCUUUCCACACUCACUGCAAUAGAUCUCUCCAACAAUCAAUUGAGUGGAGUUGUUCCUCUUGAUUUUGGAAAGUUGAAGGGGUUGAGGUUUCUGAAUCUAUCCAUGAACAGUCUGAGUGGAAUUAUUCCACAUAGUUUGGGGAAUAUGAGCCAACUUGAAUCGUUGGAUCUUUCUUCAAACAAACUUUCAGGAAAUAUUCCUUCAGAGCUUCAAUCUCUGAGCUAUUUGGCAUAUUUAAAUUUGUCUAGCAAUAAUCUUUCUGGAAACAUACCACAAGGAGGGCAGAUGAUUACAUUUGAAAAUACAUCAUAUUCUGGAAACCCAAAUUUGCAGGGAUGCCCACUUCCAAGGAAUUGCAAUUGGCCAAAAUUCGCACCUCCUUAUCCUGUAAGUAAUAGUGAAGAUAAAGAUGAAGAGGAGAGAGAGCAGAUACCCUGGUAUAACAUUGGAUUAGGAUGGUCAUAUGGAGCAGGCUUUCUGAGUAUGGUAGUGUUAUUGAUUUCAGCGAAACAGAGUUGGAGAAUGAAAUACUUCAUGGGGGUCGAUAAUAUUUUGAAAUUUCUGCUUCCUUUCGUGCGUAAUAGAAGUUUAUGA